AUGGAGCGUACAGCGUUGGAUGCUGCUCGAGAUGCUUGUCGCAGGACAGGAUGGGAGCGACGAGGACAGAGGCUGUUAUUGGCGUGUCCGCGUCAAUCGGCUUGUUUCCGUAGCGCCACCAUCACCUCGCGCUCCUCUUCAUCGUCAUCUCGCACCGCAUCACCGUCUGCAUCAUCGUCCAUCUCUGGCACAAGCACGAGCACAGAUGCAAAUGCAGACGCCAGCUCAUCAUCUCUGCACACCUCUGCCCCCAUUCCUCUUUCAUCGCCGCACAAGUUCUUCUUGGGCUUGGGAUCAGCCGUAGCAUCUCUGCUAGAUCCUUCGCGCGGCGAUCAGAUAGCCCUGCUCUCCGAACUCUCUUCCGAGCCUUUUCAUCUUUCUCGCAUGAGGGAUCAGAUGCUGGCGAGCGAAGAAGGUAGACGGAUCUUGUUGGACAGACCUCAGAUCAAUACAAAGACGGUGGAUAUGGCAUACCUGAGAAGCUUACCGGAGGGAACGUUUGGGAACGAGUAUACCAGAUGGCUGGAUUGGUGUGGCGUUGGACCGGAUACGAGAGCAGAGGUGAGUCAUGGCGGCGAGGUUUUGAAGCGUUUGCGCAACAAGCAUGCCUGUUCGAGCGCAUGACCAACCCCCUACCGCCCGCACAGGUGCUUCACGUAGACGAUCCAACUUUGCGCUACAUUAUGGCUCGCAAUCGACAAUCGCACGAUAUGCACCACCUGCUAUGCCUCAUGCCCGUCUCCCACUUGGGAGAGACGGUGGUGAAGAUGUUCGAAGCGAGUCAUUUUGGUCUGCCCGUAUCCUACUUGUCCGCCCUUGCCGGUCCCCUACGUCUCUCGGCGGAGGAAAGGGCAAAACUUUUGGGCUUUGGGCUCGCGCACGGGUCUGCGCUCCAGUCUGAAUCUGGAAGCGCACAAGGGAAUGCUACAUCGAGCGGUCCGGCAAGAGGUCUAGCAGCAUGGGCUUGGAAACAGGGACAGAUCACUACUCCUCUGAUCAAUGUGUACUGGGAAAAGAGAUGGGAGCAGGACUUUGGGGAAUUGAGGAGGGAAUUGGGCUUCGAUCAAGACCCGCCUUUUAGAGUGGCGUACGAUGCGAACAGGAAGAGGAGGGACGAUCUGAGUAGAGGUAGAUGGCCCAGCAAGGUCAUCCAGGCUCAGAAAGGCGCUGCGUAG